AUGGAAUUUGCCACCGGCUCCUUUUUUAUUACUGUAGCACUGAGCCUAUGUCUCAUUGCCGUACUCUAUCUUUGUCAUAUCAACUAUAUCCUGAAGCAGACGCCAGAUGAGGUUCGACGACUUACUAGCAAGCGCUGGACUCCAGCACUUCUCAGCGAAACGUAUGAGAAGCUGGAAGAAUGUCCGAUUGACUUUUAUAAGGACCUUCCACCCAGACUGGACAGAAGAUACAUCGUGACUGGAGGCAACGGUCUGGUUGGUGGCUACAUCGCGCUUCAACUCCUGGCCCGUGGAACACCACCAAAAAGUAUUCGCAUUAUCGAUAUCAGGGAGACCGAGCGUGAUGACAUGCGAACUGACUUUGCUGCACAAGUCGACUUUAUACAAACAGACAUAACCUCGACAGCAGCCGUUAACCAAGCUUUCACAAAGCCAUGGGAUAUGGAGAUAGCUCACCUGCCUCUUACAGUCUUCCACACCGCCGCUAUCAUCGUCCCCUCGGCCAGGUCGAAGCAUCUCUAUAGCUUCCCUGAGGCGGUCAAUGUCCAAGGAACUAAGAACGUCUUAGCUGCUGCUCAUGCAGCUGGUGCGAGCAUCUUCAGCUCCACCUCAUCCGCCUCCAUCAGCAUUCGGCCUGUGGAGCCGUUCGUCUCACCGUGGGCCUCUGAGCCUCGCAACUUCUGUCAAGCCCUCGACGUUAAAGACUUUUAUGAGCCCCUUCGCAGACAUGAAGAUUAUUUCGGGAACUAUCCUGCUUCGAAGGCGACGGCAGAAAGACUGGUGUGCAGUGCGAACGAUAAGAGCUUUCGGACAGGCUGUAUCCGACCUGCAAAUGGAGUCUAUGGGAAUCCUACAGACAAUCCUGUUGGCCGCUUACUCUCACGAAAUAUCCAUCAUACCUGGAUUCCGCAUGUCGUCCAGAACUUUGCUCACGGCGCAAAUGUAGCUGUUGCGCAUCUGCAUCACGAAGCUGCGCUGGCAAAAGGAGACUGUCCGCAAGCGGGUAGACCCUUUGUGAUUAGCGACAUCGGUCCUCCCAUCAUGUUUGGAGAUAUCUACACCGCGGUCAGAUUCCUAUCUGUCCACGAUCUGAGAACCAUAGUGCUGCCACCAAUACUCAUGCUUCUCUUAUCGAUCGUGGUCGAGUGGUAUAUCUUGCUUCCUUACCGGCUCUUGACUCUCAAAAGGAUCCUACCCGAGCUCAAAGGGGACAUCAAAACGCUUCAGCCUGGAAUCUUCUCAAUAUGUACUCAUCUGGUAGCUUCGGACGCUGAAGCUAGAAAACCUGUUUCUGAAGGUGGACUCGGGUAUAAAGGGAAUGUUACUUCUCUUGAAGGGGUCGUUACGGAGAUAUUGGAGUGGAAUAAGGAGCACUCUAGAGAAUCUGAGGUGGGAGCGAGGAAAACAUACACAACUUCUGUCUCGUUGGCCGAGAGGUUGCAAGAAGUUGAAUCAGCUGUACCUUUGUAA